AUGCUGGUAGAAGAAAAGGAAAGCCAAAAAAUAAACUUUGGAACAUAUGAUAAUUACAUUCCAGUCAGUGAAUUAAGCAAAAAAUCAUGGAAUCAGCAACACUUUGCCCUGAGAUUUCCCAAACCACCAAGGCCAGGAAAAAAAAGGAGAUCAAAACCAUCCCAACUGCGAGACAAUGCAAUUCCUAUAUAUGAUUCAGACAAAAUAAAAGAAGGUCAUAAACAACCAUUAUGGAUGCACAGUUCUUUAAUGAGAAUUUCUGAGAGACCAUCCGAAUAUUUAGCGGCCAGGAGGCAGCUUCAAUAUAAAGCAACCCAUCGCCCAAAGGAAGAUGCUAAAGUAGCAAAUGUAGAAAAACGUUUAUCUCCAGAAACAGGUAAGAAAGGUAAAGAAGACAAGCAAGCAGACAAGAAGGACAUAUCAGAAUCAGAAAUAGAACCCACAGUUUUAAAGGAGCCAAAAAUAACUAAGAGAGAGCCAAAGAAAGAUAAGGAUAUAGAAACAGGAACUAAAGAUGAAAAAGAUGCAAAAACAGAUGCCAAAAAAGAAAGAAAAGAUUCAAAGAAGGGCAAGGAGUCAGGUACAGAAUCUGAAGAUCAAAAAAAAGAUACCAAGAAAGAGAAGAAAAAAGAGAAGAAAGCUUCAAAGAAGGGCAAGGAGUCAGGUAUAGAAUCUGAAGAUGAAAAGAAAGACACCAAGAAAGAUGCCAAAAAGGACAAGAAAGCUUCAAAGAAGGGCAAGGAAUCUGCUACAGAAUCUGAAGAUGCCAAGAAAGAUGCCAAAAAGGACAAGAAAGGUUCAAAGAAGGGCAAAGGGUCUACAGAAUCUGAAGAGGCAAAGAAGGAUAAGGAUGGGAAAAGAGAUACAAAGAAACCAGGAGAGAAUGAUGAUCAAUCAAAAGACAAGAAAGAUGCAAAGAGAAAGGGGAGUAAAAAAGGUAAGAAAGAAGAAAAGAAGGCCAGUGGGACAGAUAUUGAAUCAAAGGAUGAUGCUAAGAAGGAUGGCAAGAAGGAUGGCAAGAAGGAUGGCAAGAAGGAUGCCAAGAAGGAUGCCAAGAAGGAUGCCAAGAAGGGCAAGUAAGCCUUGAAUAAUAAUUUGAAAGCAUGUGAUAAACAAUUUUAGGAGUCUGAAACUGAAUAUGAGUGACAAGGGGA